GUGAAACGAGUGUGCUAAUGGAUUUUUGUCCUAUGAAUGGAAAUUACCUUUUACCUUUCAUUAUCAAUAAAAAUAUCCUAUGUUGUAGAGUAAUAAGUUUCUUAAAGUGAUGAAAAUUGUACAAUUUAGAAUUUAGAAUAGCUAUGUUUAGUAGAAUAGCUAUGUCGAAAUAAUAGCAAACUCAUAUAGAAAUUGUGGAAUACGUGUUAAAUCGUUCAGUUAAAAUUUUUAGCAAUUUUAUACUGCCUUCAGACCUGUGCCGUUUUUGGGAAAAAAUACAUUUUGCUCAGGCUCACACCCGACUUAGAUGUGGUAUCGACUCUGUACGCAAAAGGUCUGUUGAAUCACUGUCGAUAUCGCAAAUAGUUUCGGUUGAACCACAGGUCGAACAGGCAAAGCUAAGAAGACGAUAAACCAAUGCCUGUUCCAUCCUAUUCUGUCGUACCAAUUCAUCAUCAUCAACAGCUGUUUGACCAAUGUGUGCACCUUAUUAACUCAGAAUGGCCCCGAUCAUACACUGCUCGCCUAUGGAGUCUCAAAGCAUCCAAAGAUACAUUACCGACCAGUUUUGUUCUCAUAAAACAAUGCGUAGAGAGCGACACGAAUGGACCAACAGUUCUAGCGCAUGCCAAAUUAUCUCCCGUACCGGCAGAUGAAGAAGCAGUAUUAGUAGAAUCGGUUGUUGUCGAUCGGCGAUGCAGAGGACAAGGUCUAGGAAGGUUACUGAUGAAUGAAAUCGAGAAUCACUGUUUUUGCGCAUUACGCCUGAAAACGAUCUAUCUUUCAACAAUUGAUCAAGAUGGCUUUUACAACAAAUUAGGGUAUACCUACUGCAAAGCUAUAAAUAUGUUUGGUACGAGGAUCUCCUCAAAUAAUUGUACCAAAAAAAUAUGGAUGGUGAAAAGAAUUUCUGACUAUCAUCGUAAGGAUUCAUCUAUAGGAAUAUGAUUGAACGUUCAUAUUCAGAAUUAAAGUUCUCUAUUCGUUAUGUAUCGCAGAUACAUUACUAUUCGUGCUGUCCUUUCUAUCUCAUGGAAUAAUAAGGCUCUAACCAAAGUGGAUAAACUUUCGUUCAUAUUGUGUUUAAUGAAAUUUCUGUAUCUCUGUACAUAGCUCUUAAUUAAUUUGUGUCUGGUUAAUAUUUGUAUCUACCACUGAAAGGCUACAAAAUCGAUAACAGUUGCAUGGCUUAUGUAUUCGUUUUUCAUGACGUCAAUUACUUUAUUGUGUAAUUAAAUUACACAGCAAAACAUCUGUUAUAGUAGAAAUAAACUUUAUAUAUAUAUUCA